GACUUAAAGUUUAUAUCUUUCCUCCAUGUCAAAUUUGGCGAAACACAAGUUGAAAGAUUGAGAGAAUAGAAAUGGAAGAGUUGGUAGGUGAAAGCCUGAAAGAUUGUCAAAUACUGAAAUCUACUACUACUCCAUUUGAUAGGUUAGUCACGUGGAGCUGUUUUAUCCUCAUUCAUCUGUCAUCUCUGAUCUCACCCUUCCUUGACCAGUUGAUACCCUACCUAUAAUAAAUUGUCAACAAAUUCCUAACUACUACUUCUUAAAGUUCUAAAAUUCCAUUCAAUUCUCUAGUACUGACAAAUGACAAAAGAGUGAAAAUACUUUUUUCAUACUUGUUAGUAAUUUUGUUACUAUUAAGGAAUUGAUGAAAAGGGAAGAACUUGUUGGUGCAGGAUUGAAUAAAGAUGAAGCUGACACCUUAUUAAAGGUGGUAGAAGAUGUAUUCGAUAGAAUUACACUUACAAAUAAUGGUAGCACAGUUGCAGCUGCAGCUGCGGCGGAGGUGUGGCGGGAAAUUGUGGCGCGGAAGAUGCUGCACCCUCAUCACUCUCACGCAUUACAUCAGUUGGUCUACAACUCAGUCUACUCUCAUUGGGAUUCAUCCCUUCUUGGUCCUCCUCUUUACUGGUUUCCUUCCUUAUAUGAAUCUUAUAACACAAACUUGGGUCGUUUGAUGGAAGCUCAUGGUCCCAGGCUUUUAGGGAAGUCAUACCAGGAUCCAAUUACUAGUUUUUCCACCUUUCACAACUUCACUGUUAAGAAUCCUGAGAUAUACUGGUCCUUGGUUCUCAAGGAACUUUCUGUUUGGUUUCGUGAAGCACCAAGGCGGAUCCUUGAUGACACGGAUAGCUCGAUACCAGGAGGAACAUGGUUUCCUGGUGCACUUCUUAAUAUAUCUGAGUGUUGUUUGCUACCUACAAGUUAUCCUAGGAAAAUGGACAACAGUUUGGCUAUUGUGUGGAGAGAGGAAGGAGCUGAUGAUUUACCUGUUUGUCAAUUAACUCUGAAACAACUGCGAGAACAAGUAAUGCUGGUUGCUAAUGCUUUAGAUGCUACUUUUGCUAAGGGAGAUGUAAUUGCAAUUGAUAUGCAAAUGACCCCCAAUGCAGUGAUUAUCUAUCUGGCAAUAAUCCUGUCGGGUCGUAUUGUUGUGUCGAUUGCUGAUAGCUUUGCUGCAAAGGAAAUUGCAACUCGUUUGCGUAUUUCGAAAGCAAAGGGUAUCUUUACUCAGGAUUUUAUUGUUAGAGGAGGUCGAAGAUUCCCUUUAUAUAGUCGAGUUCUGGAAGCUGCUCCAAAUCUUGCUAUUGUGGUGCCAGCUGUGGGAGAGUCCAUAAAUAUGUCAAUUAGGAAACAAGACAUAUCAUGGAAAGAUUUUCUAACACGAGCAAGUCAGCUUACAAGACCUCAUGAAUACUCUCCAGUGUACCAAUCAGGGGAUUCAAUAACCCACAUUCUCUUCUCAUCUGGGACUACAGGGGAUCCAAAGGCAGUACCUUGGACGCAGCUAUCUCCAAUUCAAGCUGCUGCUGAUUCAUGGGCACAUAUGGAUAUUCGAGUUGGAGAUGUCAUGUGUUGGCCCACAAAUUUAGGAUGGGUGGUAGGACCUAUAUUGCUCUAUGGAUGUUUUCUGAAUGGUGCAACUCUUGCUCUUUAUAAUGGAUCACCUCUUGGGAGAGGUUUUGGAAAAUUUGUUCAGGAUGCAAGAGUGUCUAUAUUGGGAACUGUACCAAGUCUGGUGAAGACUUGGAAAAAUUCGCAUUGUAUGGAUGGCUUAGAUUGGACAAGCUUGAGAGUAUUUGCUUCUUCUGGAGAAGCCUCCAAUGUAGAUGACGACCUUUGGCUUUCCUCGAGGGCCUAUUAUAAACCAAUCAUUGAAGUUUGCGGAGGCACAGAGCUGGCAGGAAGCUAUCUUCAGGGCAGUCUGCUGCAACCUCAAGCCUUUGGGGCAUUUAGUACUCCAACAAUGUCAUCAGGAUUUGUAAUCCUUGAUGAUUGUGGCAAUCCUUAUCCAGAGGAUCAAGCAUGUGAAGGUGAAGUGGCUUUAUUUCCUCUGCGUCUUGGAGCAACAGACCGAUUAUUGAAUGCUGAUCAUGAGGAGGUUUAUUUCAAGGGAAUGCCUCUAUACAAAGGAAUGCGUCUCAGGAGACAUGGAGAUAUCGUCAAGAGAAGUGUUGGAGGGUUUUUCCUCGUACAGGGCAGGGCUGAUGAUACUAUGAAUCUUGGAGGUAUCAAGACAAGUUCUGUUGAAAUCGAGAGGGCGUGCAACCAGGCUGAUGACAGUGUGCUGGAGACUGCAGCAGUUGGUGCAGCACCAUUGCAAGGUGGUCCUGAAAUGCUGGUUCUAUUUGUAAUCCUUAAGGAAGGAACCGUUUCUGAUCCAGAAAGUCUGAGAAUGAAGUUCUCAAAAGCCAUUCAGCGUAGCCUUAACCCUCUUUUUAAGGUUAACUUGGUAAAAAUUCUGCCGGAGUUUCCAAGAACUGUCACAAACAAACUACUGAGGCGGGUAUUAAGAGAUCAGAUAAAGCAAGAGCUAUCUGUACGAAGUAGGAUAUAAAGCAACAGGCUGUACUUUGUUGGCAUUUCAGUAAGCAGCAAUGUUAGUUUCUUUAUAGAACUCAUUUGACAGUUUAUUGUACGUUGAACUAAAACUAGAAUAAAAGUAUAGCUAAAUUUGUAUCCACUCGUUUCCUAAUUGCUUUUGUCAUCCCUUGCAACUAGCAAGAUUGUAUUAUAUCUUGGCAAAUUGAAGGGUAUCCUUGCCAUCAUGAGGCUUCCUGUAGAAGCACAAAGUGUAAUCAGAGUAAAGCACCUUCUUGUACUUAGGUUUUUCACCACUCUCCUCCAAAACUUCCUCGAAAGGUUCGAUCAAGUCAGUUGGCUUGGGGUUCACAAACAAGGGAAUGGAAAUCCUGUCUUUACUUUCAUUAGCUAUCACACGGUGUUCAAUGCUUUUAUACUUGCCAUUGCUCAUGAUUUGCAGGGCAUCACCAAUGUUGAUCACAAGCGCCCCAGGGAUAGGUGGCACAUGGACCCACCUUUCUCCAUCGGGUGCUCGAACAUAGAGCCCACCAACAUCAUCCUGCAAGAGUAUGGUGAAAGUGGACACGUCAGAGUGCCGCCCUACUCCCACUGUGAGCUCAGGUUGCGAACACUUUGGAUAAUAGUUGAGAUUGAUCCUUUUGGAACCUGUAAGAAGUGACCAUCUUUUCUCAUUCGUAUCAGUUAUGUGGAGUCCCUUCAUCAAGAUUUGUGCCAGUGGCUUAAUUAAAACUUGUUGGCACUUCCUUAUGUAAUCCAGAAGUUGAUCCCUGAACAGCAAAGGUAAUUAAGUUAUUACUGAUAAUGGAGAUUAUUGAUGUACUCCUACUAUUGAAUGCAAUACCCUGCAUAAUUAUUAA